UGGAAAGGAAGUAGCGAGCAGGCUAAUGCUAGCUGGGCUACAAGUUGAGAGCGACCAAAACAAACGAUGACGGCCGAGCAAAGGAGCCGAAAGAAGCUUGGAUUAACCAUGGGAAUGCUCUUGCUUUGAUAUCUGUAGAGUUCUAGAUACGGUACUAGCGAUAGCUGUAUUUCUACAUGACUGACUUGUAGAAAUUAUGCCAUUUUUGAGUGCCAGCUAGCCCGUUUGAGCUGCAGCUGUACCUGGGAUUGAUGCUGCCCUUUACACUAGCGUUAUGUUAGCUCACUAACUAGCUCAGCGGUAGCUAGCUGUCCAUAAAGAUUUUCUGGACCGAACAAUAUUUGAAAUUGUUAAAUAUUUGUUCGCACCAGGUUAUCGUCGAUAACGAAAAAUGCAGAGGCAGUGAAAGUGGCUGUGCUUCGUGCUUUGUGACGCCAAAUCCUCUUUAACAUCCGCGUAACAAUUCCUGAACUUGCUAGCUAGCCAAAUAGUCAAAAUGAGUUGGUUCAACGCGUCUCACCUGUCCAGCUUCGCUAAACAAGCUUUAACAUCAGCUCAGAAGUCAAUCGACCGAGUUCUGGACAUCAAAGAAGAGGACCAAUGGGGUGACACAGUUGUAAUGCCCUAUGAUGAUGUAACACUACCUGGGAAGCUGUCAUUAAGUGGAGGAUGGGGAAUGACCCAGUGGGAAGCUCCCCCUGAAGAGAAGACCACCACCCCUCCGCCUUCCUCUGAGGCCAUUACUACUCCUGUCACCCGCACAGUUGUGGAUGAGUCGGAAAACUUUUUCAGUGCCUUUCUGACGCCUGGAGACGUACAAAGUACCCAGGUAGUGUCUGUGCCCCCUACUAAGUCUCAAAGGCGGCCCCAGGAGAAGGAGAAGAAAAACAAAGAGGCUCUUGUCCAAAAAGAAGUGGAGACUCAACAGUCGGCACCCGUCGAUACGAGUGAUGAGAAUCAGACGGUUCCUGAGAGCCAGCCGGUUGAACCUGAGGCCUCACCGACAGCACCUUAUGCAGACUCUAUCCUCCUGGAGCCAGUUUCUCCUGCUUCUUCUUCUUCUUCCUCGUCUUCGUCUUCUGGUGAACUUCCUUGUGACCCUGACAGCAACACGAGCUGCGUGAAAACAGAUGUUGUCUCAACAGUCGCUGUAGACUCAACAACAGAGCAGUCACAGACUCCAUCAGACCUCCAGGGUGAGAAGGAUACCGCAGAUUCCUCUGAAUCUUCGGAUGUCACUUCUGAAACAAAGGGCUCAACCCCUUCUGAUCCUACGCCCUCGCCGUCCUCUAAGGAAGUACUCAUAGAGCAUAAAGACUCAAAGGUAGAGGACCGUCAAAAUGACACCCCCUCUCCUCCAGUCAGCGCUUUCUCCUCAGGAACCUCUACCACCAGUGACAUUGAAGUGCUGGACCACGAAUCUGUGUUGAGUGAAAGCUCGGCCAGCUCCAGACAAGAAACAGGGGAGGGCAAGGCUGGCCUUCACCUAAUGCAGGGCUCCUUCCAGCUUCUCACUGCCUCCACUUGUGGAGAUUUCCCCCGUCUGGAGGACUAUUCCAAACUCACAGAGAGCUGCGGCUCCUCCUCGGACGCAUUUGAGCGCAUAGAUUCAUUCAGCGUACAGUCGCUGGACAGCCGGAGUGUCAGCGAGGUUAACUCAGAUGAUGAGGUCCCUGGCAGUCGGACACUUGCAUCUGUCACUGCAGGCCCUGCUCCUUUAACAGUGUCAUCGUCUGUGUGUCAGAAGCAGGAAGAUGGAGUGGUGGAGAAGGUAGGAGAGGAGGAAGAGGAGGAUGAGGAAGAGGGCUUUACUGAAACAGUGAGGGAGCAGUCGCUGGAUGAGAUGGAGGAGAGUGGACGGAGUGCGACGCCUGUUAAUAGUGAGCAGCCUGAAGAGUUGACAGAACAGGAACAGGGAUCUGAGGCGACUGUCACAAUGUCCAAUGUCAUCUCUGAAGCUGAAGAACGGAUCACUCCACCAAUCACAGAAGAGAUGAAAAGUUUCUCAACAGUUCAGAUUUUGGAGCUUCAAAAGGUCAUUGAUGAGCUGUCAGCCCGCCUUGAGAAGAGAGAGUCUCAACUUCUGACUGUCAGCAAAGACAAGGCCAGACUGGAGGAGGAGUGUGACAAUCUCAGAGAUGAAGUGGUAAGCCUGAAGGAGGAGAGCUCCACCGUUCAGUCUCUAAAGGAUGAGUUCACCCAGCGCAUAGCAGACGCAGAAAGGAAGGCUCAGCUGGCCUGCAAAGAAAGAGACAUAGCUAAGAAGGAAAUAAAGGGCUUGCGAGAAGAGCUUUCUACCAGACUGAACUCCAGUGAUACAAUGGAGAUCAUCAGAGAAAAGGAAGAGCAGAUCCGAGGCCUACUGGAAGAAGGUGAAAAGCUGUCCAAGCAGCAGCUGCAGCACAGCAACAUCAUCAAGAAACUGCGUGUGAAAGAGAAGGAGAGCGACACAAAAAUCAUCAAGCAACAGAAGAAAAUCAAUGAGCAGGACGAGGAGCUCAGGCAACUGCAGCAGGUUCUAGAUGGGAAGGAGGAGGUGGAGAAACAGCACAGGGAGAACAUCAAGAAGCUGAACGCUGUGGUGGAGCGGCAGGAGAAGGAGCUGAGCAGGCUGCAGACGGACGAUGAGGAACUGCAGGAGAAGAACAGGAGCCUGCAGGCUGCUCUCGACAGCUCUUACAAGGAGCUGGCAGAACUUCACAAGGCGAAUGCCAGCAGAGCCAGUGAGGCCGAAGAAGCGGCUCUCAGCAGGGACACACAUGCCAAGGAGCAACUGAGCCUGGCUCUUGAGAAGGCCCAGGAGGAGGCCAGGAUACAACAAGCGGCCCUGGCCGAACAGGUGGCUGACCUGAGACUGGCUCUGCAGAGGGCUGAGCAGCAGCAAGCAAGGAAAGAAGAUUAUUUGAGGGAGGAGAUCAGUGAGCUGCAGCAGAGGCUUCAGGAGGCAGAGACUAGGAACCAGGAACUCAGUCAGAGUGUUACCUCUACAACACGGCCCCUUCUGCGUCAGAUUGAGAACUUACAGGCCUCAUUGGGUGGACAGACAGCAUCCUGGGAAAAACUGGAAAAGAACAUCUCUGAUAGGCUAGCGGAUGCCCAGGCACAGCUGGCCGUUGCUGUGGAGAAGGAGCGAUCAGCAACAGAAGAACUACUGUCCAUCAAGUCCCAGCUGGUCUCUCUAGAGUCCCAGAAUUCCCUGGUCCGGCAGGAAAAGGCCCGACUCCUGGCACAGUUGGAGGCUGAGAAGAACAAGAGAGAGAAACUGGAGGAUGAGAGCAGCAGGGAGCAUGUUGAGCUGGAAAAUCUGCGAGGAGAACACAUCCGGAUGCUGGAAGAUGCCAAGAAAGAAAAGCUGCUGCUGGCUAAUCAACUAGAGAUGGAGAAGAUGAAGGUGGAGCAAGAAAAGAAGAAGUACUACUUAGCACAAGAGGCACUCAAGGAUAAGGAGCGGAAGGCCAUGACCCACUCGGUGGUAGAGCCCCCAGCCUCCUCCACACCCUCCCUGUCCCGCUCCAGCUCCAUCAGUGGGGCAGACAACGCUGGUCUGCACACCUCUAUUCUUUCCCAGGAUGAGUCUUUCGACCACUCGCUGAGUACCAUGACCAUGUCUGUGUCAAUGAGCGGGACCAACCUGUACGAGGCUGCCAGGCUGUCUGGAGGCUCGAGCAUCAUAGAGAACCUCCAGUCUCAGCUCAAACUCAGAGAAGGAGAGAUAGCACAGCUGCAGCUUGAGAUCUCCAGUCUAGAGAGGAGUCGUUCUGUAAUCUCAGAAGAACUGAUCCGACUCACCAACCAAAACGAUGAGAUGGAGGAGAAGGUGAAAGAGAUCCCCAAGUUGAAAAUUCAACUCAAGGAUCUGGAGCAGAGGCACAACACCAUCCUUCAGAUGUAUGGAGAAAAGGCGGAAGAGGCAGAGGAGCUGAGGCUGGACCUUGAAGAUGUGAAGAACAUGUACAAAACCCAGAUUGAUGAACUGCUGCGGAACCAGAAAUAAACAGUUUUUAUUGCACCGUGUUACUUCUGGGACACUCACAAACAAAUCAGUCGACCAUCUUAGCCAGACAUGCAUUCACAGAAAAAGAUAGGGCAGAUAAUCUAAGUUUAAUCACUGUGUCAAAAGAAAAUUCUUUUAUCUUUAUCUGUUAUUUUAUUUAAUUAAUUAUGACAUACUAUAUUUAAAUGGGAAUGUUGGGAUUAUGCAUAUCAUACAAUGUAUUAUUGCAGAAUCAGUAUGAAGGAUAGCUACAGUUUGUGAUUCGGGUGUCCAGUUGAAGUCUUUGGCAUUUAGUACAGACUUUGCUCUAGACAUAAUUUCUCAUAACUGAACCUUUCACGUAGUAUAGACAGUUUAUAACUGUAGGAGCUGGUGAAAGUCUUUUGCACUAUACAAAUUCAUCCUUGUUUAUUUCUUAAUGCAUUACAGAAUUUAAGAAAUAUAUAAACACAUUGUACAGAGAAAUUUACGUAUUGUUCUUUUAACUCCUUUCAAAAACAUGGUGUAGACCUGAGAGUAGUUUGUGAUUGAAAUCCUGAAGAUUGGAUUUUAAACCAUAUAAAUAUGUAAAUGAAUAAAACAUUUAUUUGA